CCUUCCUAUUCCUUCAUCGUGUAAUAGAAACUCGCUGGUUUUUCUCCCUUUUCAUUGUCAUCGCGACGGAGGAUCUUCAUCAAAAUGUCGGCAGGGGUAGAUAAAGAGUUCAACUUUCAGUUCAAGACAAAGGAAUUAUAUUCUAAGCUCCGAGUUCCAGUCCCAAUCCCUCUUGGAAUAAGCACUCGAGAGUUUGUCGGGAGGCUGGUCACCGCCCACAAUCUACCGUGUUUUGUUGAGGAAGACAUAACGUUGAAGCUUGACAAAUUUGUUACCAAGGAAACGACAACCUUUCAUAAUAACAAUGCCCAGGAGGCCAUUGAAUCAUUACAGAAGGCCGGCGAUGACGACAUCGGAAAUAUUGCUGACAAAUGGGCAAAGGCUUACACACAGGAGUGUGUGGCAUAUGCACCAGACAGUAAGCCCAAACCAGAAGUGGGAUUUGCGGAAUUGUACCACAAGCUUAUACACUCACCGGCAUUGGAGAUUUUGUUUCGUUUGGAACACACUUACGCUGUGGCCGUUGAGGAUGUUCUGAUACAGAGAGAUCAAGCUUUAGCUAAACUUCAAGAAACGCAAGCGGUGCAAAUACAACAAGCAGUGCAGAACCUGGACUACACUCACAAUGACCAGCAAGUUAACAGGCUAGCUGCGCAACAUUUUGAUAAUAUACAGCGUGAAGAAGCGAAAUGGCACAGCGAGCUUAAAAACCUACAAGACUCACAGAGAGAGGAAUUCAGAACAUGGAUCCAGCAGAUACGAGAUGACAUGGAGAAUGGGACAGAAGGACCCGUCAGUCGGCGGAUCCGAGCCAUGUCCGAUCUGCUGCCCCCAACGAGGAGAGAAGUUAUCGUUGAAGAACCCAAACUUGAGGAGAGCUUUACAAUUCAUCUUGGUGCCCAAAUGAAGACGAUGCACAACAUACGUCUGAUGUCCAGAGACGUCUUGGAUUUGUGUAAACACAAGCCCAACAGAGAUGGGGGAACUCCUCAACCUCAACCCCAGAGAUUACAGACAGCAAUGUCCUUGUUCUCUGGUUCGUUGUCCGGGCUUAUACUCAUGGUGGAUGACCGGAUCAAUUCCUACACGGGAAUCAAACGAGACUUUGCAGCUGUCUGUCAGCAGUCUACAGAUUUCCACUUUCCAGAUUUGGACACACAGUUACGUGUGAUCCAGCAGCAUGCUGUGCAAGCUAAUACACUACGCCGGACUAGGAAGGCUGAAAAACUCAGUCAAGAUGGUUCCAGCAAUGGUGGGGGUGACCGGCGAUCAGUAGCAUCUAGCGAGUCAAGACAAUCCUCCGAGGAUGGAGAAAUCACAUCGAACCUCAAAGCAGGGGAUUUCUACAUCACUAAGCAUUCUAACUUAGCGGAGGUUCACGUUCUGUUCCAUCUCGUCACUGAUGACAACCUUCGUAACGGAGACAUCAACUCUCGUCAUCCAUGCAUCCUUGCCCUUAGGAACAUCCUCAAGAGCUGUGUUCGGUUUGAUGUUCUCUCCGUCACCUUGCCGCUAUUCUUGCUCUAUGAGAUGUAUGAGGAAAUGACAAUCCCAUGGUGUGUAAAGAGGGCGGAGCUUGUCUUGAAGUGUGUGAAGGGGUUCAUGAUGGAGAUGGCACAGUGGGGAGGCAGUGAGAGUCGAACAAUCCAGUUUGUCGUUCCAAAGGGAAUAUCGGACGAUUUGUUCUCCCAGCUCAGUGGAAUGUUGCCUCACAUCUUCAGACUGUCUCGAACACUGGACCUCUCACAACAUAAAUAGAUGAAUGAAUGUACAUUUUUAAGUCCACAGUGAGCUAUGCCAACUCCACACAAACUAGCUCCAACACUUAUCAGAAGUGGACACUAUUGGCAAUUACUCAACAAAAAUUAUUAGCAUACAACUUUACUUGGUGACAAGUAAUGGGGAAUG